CCGACUUGGCCACCAUCUACUCAGAGAAAGAUGCACAACGUUUCAACUUGAGCCCAUAUUACGCCUGGAUCGGCCUGCAGAGUACCAGGUUUGGGUGGACUGAUAUUCUCUUGUCUGAUGGAGGGAAAAAGUAUCAGAGCCUUUUGGAAAGCCAAAACCUCCCCUACAAUCCAGAAUGUGCUGCGGUCAGCUACCACAAUUACUACAGCCAAAGAUAUGAUAUUCCACUAAUCAACAGAAUUUAUGGCAUGGAUUGUGGAAGUUAUCAUUACUUCAUCUGCAAAGAUGAUAAGACUAAGUAUACUUUCAUACCCAAAGCAAAGAAGUGGUCUGAGGCUCAGCAGUACUGUCAGGACAACGACAAAGAUUUAGCAAACAUUGAGAGCUCAGAUCUGUACACCACUGUACACGAGGAGGACUUUCCCGUCUGGAUUGGUCUCCACAGAGAUGGUGGAUCAUGGAACUGGAGCGCAGGCCACUCAGAAUAUAAGAAGUGGAAAUCUAAGGAGCCGAGUAGCGAAGGUGAUUGUGUCUCCAUCUCCUCUGAAAGGAAAGAAAUGGCUGUCCAAAACUGCGCUGCCUACUCUCCAUUCCUCUGCGUCUCCGACAACGUGUUCCUGGUGAAGAAGGAAAAGAGCUGGGAGGAGGCGCUGGAAUACUGCAGAGGACUCCGGUCAUCCACAAACAGUAACCUUCGCUUCGAUCUAAUCAGCCUGCAGCCAGGAGAGGAGCACGUCUACAUGAUGAACAAGGUCAUGGAGGCUGACACAGACGAGGUGUGGACAAGCCUGAGUUUCCUGGCUGGUGAAUGGCUGUGGGUGAACGGAGCAGAUAUGAGGCACACUGACCUGCCCUCCUGCCCCGCCCCACAGCAGUACUGUGGGGCCCUUUCUAAACAUGAUACGGGCAGAAUAAAGACGAGAGACUGUUCACAGAAGAAAAACUUUCUCUGUUUCUGGGUGUAGAAUUAGCCAGAGAGGUUCUACAUUUUGAUGUUUUUCUUUUUAGAUUUAUGCGUUUUAAAUAGGUUCAGCAUGAGAUAGCUCUGAGCUAACACGUCUACUUAUGUGACGGAUAACUUAGUUGGGAUGCACAUGAAUGUUUUUGCACAUUUUGUUGCAUAGUCUUCUUUAUUUUGGUUGUUGUAGCACUGUUUGUGUGUGUAAGAAACAGCAAUUUGGAGUUUUUUCACAAAUGAGAGACGACUAUGCAGACGGUUUAGUGUCAAAUAGAUUUGUUGAC